AGAAGACGAGAAAGUAAAAGAGAGAAAAAAAAGAACAAAGUUCAGGGCUUUGCUCAGAAAAAAACAAAGAAGCAGCAGAAGAAGAGCAGAGCUCGUUCUUAUCAUCUUCAUCAUUUCGAUCCCAUGUGAUUCAGUACAAGAAGGUUUUGUUGUGUGUUGAGCAGGGAGGGGUGGGGAAGAUUCGUAGUUUCGAUUGUCUGUGAGGUUUGUGGGGGGCACGCUUGGAAUCUGCGAAAUUCAGAUCGGUAGAGUUUAAGAGGGUAUUGUAUUUCAUUGAAUUUUCACGUCUGGGUUUAGCUCAAUGAGCAUGAAGUAGAGAUUUUGAGGGGAGAAGAAAGAUGUGGAUUGGAUAAACAGAUUUGAGUCAAGAAUUUGUUUGGUGUUUGUUUGUUUGUGAAUCUGGAUGGAAGAGGUUGGUGCUCAAGUUGCGAACCCAAUUUUCCUCCGGCAAUCGCUUUCGUCUCGGUUCUGUGAUCCGCCGGCGGCCAUGGCCAAGAAGAAGCGGGAUCUCCCUUACCAGACCUCCAGCUAUCAGCCUCCGAAUACGCAGCCUCGGUUCGGAAACCCUGGUUCCAACAGCUGGAACCCGAACGUGUGGGACUGGGAUGCAGUAAGGUUUGUAGCUAAACCACUGGACACUGAAAUGAUGGGUGCUUCCAGUUUGGACCCCCAGAGGACUGAGGAAGCAGCCGCCGGAGCUGCGAAGAGCACGGCCGUGGCUGGGGAGGAUGAUGAUGAAAGGCUUCAGCUGAAUCUGGGUGGUGGGUUGGCUUCUGUGGAGGAGACGGCGGGGUCUAGGCCGAACAAGAAAGUCCGGUCCGGAUCUCCGGGGAAUAAUGGUGGAAGCUACCCCAUGUGCCAAGUUGAUAAUUGUAAAGAGGAUCUGUCUAGCGCCAAAGACUAUCAUCGCCGGCAUAAAGUAUGUGAGAGUCACAGUAAGUCCACCAAAGCACUUGUUGCCAAGCAGAUGCAGAGGUUCUGCCAGCAGUGCAGCAGGUUUCACCCCCUCUCGGAGUUUGAUGAGGGAAAGAGAAGUUGCAGAAGGAGACUUGCGGGACAUAACAGGCGUAGAAGGAAAACCCAGCCUGAGGAUGUUACCUCAAGGCUCACCAUCCCUGGAGAUGGAGAUAAACAAGCCAGUGGAAAUUUGGAUAUUGUCAGCUUAUUAGCGGCUAUAGCUCGUCCGCAAGGGAAAACUGAUGUCAGAAACACCAAUGGCUCAUCAGUACUGGACAGAGAGCAGCUCAUUCAGAUUCUUAGUAAGAUAAGUUCAUUGCCACUGCCAGCAGACCUUGCUGCCAAGUUGCCAAAUCUUGGAAAUUUAAAUUGGAAAGCUUCAGACUUGCAGUCUUUAGAAAACAAAUUGAAUGGAAAAACAUCUGCGCCAACCAUGGACUUGAUUACUGUUCUUUCAGCUACUCUGGCAGCACCUUCUUCUGACACUCUUGCUAUGUUAUCUCAAAAGAGCAGUCAGAGUAGUGACAGUGAAAAAACAAAGUUAACAUGCUCUGACCAGGCAGCUGGUCCUAAUAUGCAGAAGAGGGCUCCUCAAGAGUUUCAUUCAGCUGGGGGAGAGAGAAGCAGUACUAGUUACCAGUCUCCGGGAGAAGAUUCAGACUGCCAGGUUCAAGAAACUCGAGUCAAAUUACCUUUACAGCUAUUCACCUCUUCACCUGAGAAUGAUAGCCCACCAAAACUGGCUUCUUCUAGAAAGUAUUUCUCCUCAGACAGUAGUAAUCGCACGGAGGACAGAUCUCCAUCAUCAUCACCUCCGGUGAUGCAAACACUGUUUCCAAUGAAGAGUAUGGCAGAAACUGUCAAGUCGGAGAAACUGUCGAUAAGCAAAGAUUCUAAUUUGAACUUUGACUCAGACAUGAAUGAUGGUAGUAACUUGCCUUUUGAUCUUUUUAGAGGGUCAAAUAGAGGAGCUGUCAGCACCUCCAUUCAAAACUAUCCACACCAAGCCGGCUAUAUAUCUUCUGGUUCAGAUCAUUCACCAUCCAGUUUGAAUUCUGAUCCUCAGGAUCGUACUGGAAGAAUAUCGUUUAAACUAUUUGCUAAGGAUCCCAGUCAGUUACCAGGGACAUUGCGGACUCAGGUAUACAGUUGGCUUUCUAACAGUCCGUCUGAAAUGGAGAGCCACAUAAGGCCUGGUUGUGUGGUCUUGUCAGUUUAUGUGUCAAUGCCGUUUGCUGCCUGGGAGCACCUUGAAGAAAACCUGGUCCAACAUGUGAGUUCUUUGGUUCAAAGUUCAGAUUCUGAUUUUUGGAGAAGUGGAAGGUUUUUAGUAAAUACUGGGAGGCAAUUAGCUUCUUAUAAAGACGGAAAAAUUCGUCUAUGCAAAGCGUGGAGAACAGGUAAUUCACCAGAGCUGAUCUCUGUGUCUCCUUUGGCUGUUGUGGGUGGGCAAGAAACCACUCUUUCAAUAAGGGGUAGAAAUCUGACAAAUUAUGGCACCAAGAUUCAUUGCACGUAUAUGGGUAGUUGCACAUCAAAGGAAGUUGGAACGUCAUAUCAUGGAACUGCGUAUGAUGAGAUAAACUUGAGCAGUUUUAAAAUUCAUGAUGCAUCUCCCGGUGUUCUAGGUCGCUGUUUCAUAGAGGUGGAUAAUGGUUUUAAGGGAAACAGCUUUCCUGUGAUCAUAGCUGAUGCUACAAUCUGUACAGAACUGAAUCUCAUUGCGUCUGAGUUUGAUGUGGAGACAAAGGCAUGCGGUGCAAUUUCAGAAGAUGAAAAUCAGGAUUAUGGGCGGCCCAGGUCAACGGAGGAAGUUGUACAUUUUUUGAAUGAGCUAGGAUGGCUCUUCCAAAGGAAAAGGACCGCUUCCAUGUUUCAAGGGUCCUGCUACUCUCUUAGUCGUUUCAAGUUUUUAUUUGCAUUCUCUGUUGAGAGAGAUUGUUGUACUUUGGUGAAAACACUUCUGGACAUCUUGGUGAAUUUCAAUGGGAAUGGGCUGUCAAGAGAGUCAUUGGAGAUGCUGUCAGAUGUCCAGCUGUUAAACCGGGCUGUAAAAAGGAGGUGCAGGAAGAUGAUUGACUUGCUUAUUAAUUACUCUGUGAUUAGCAGUGACAAGAAAUAUAUAUUCCCUCCUAAUCUUGCUGGACCUGGUGGCCUGACACCGCUUCAUUUAGCUGCAUCGAUGUCAAAUUCAGAGGAUAUGAUUGAUGCUUUGACAAAUGACCCAAAGGAGAUCGGAUUGAACUGCUGGAAUUCCCUUUUGGAUGGCAGUGGGCAGUCUCCAUAUGCUUAUGCUAUGAUGAGGAAUAAUUACUCUUACAACAAUCUGGUGGCUCGCAAACUUGCUGAUAGAAGAAAUAGUCAGGUUACCUUAACAAUUGGAAAUGAGAUAGAGCAAACUCACAACGGGAUGGAGCUGGAGCAUGGAAGUAUUCAAUUAAGACAAGGUGGCAGAUCAUGUGCCAAGUGUGCAGUUGCGGCAUCGAGAUACACCAGGAGGGUUCCUGGUGCUCAAGGCUUGCUUCAGCGCCCAUUCAUUCAUUCUAUGCUUGCUAUAGCUGCUGUUUGUGUGUGUGUUUGCUUGUUCUUGAGAGGUUCCCCAGACAUUGGCGCAGUUGCUCCUUUCAAAUGGGAGAAUUUGGAUUUUGGCACAAGUUAGUCCUAUUAGUAAUAACUGUCGAGUGACAUGUGAGUUUGGUAUGAUGUCCACGUUCCAGGGUAGCUUUCCUGUGAUGCAGUUCUGGAAAAGGAAAAUAAUUUCAGCUAACAACCCGUUAAGGAGAGGAAACUUGACCUGAGAGCGGGACAUUCUGGGACAGCAGACAAAGUUGGUGUUCAGAGCUGCAUGUUUUUUAACAGAUGAGGUCUGGGGAAAAUUGGGAUAUGCUUUUCAUUUAGCUUUCGUUUGCUUUCAAAAUAGGUAAAAGUUUUCUGUCUUUUCCUCUUUGAAUGCGGAACGUUUCUGCUUUGGAGACCUUCGAUGCUAACAGUUGCUAAAUGAGAUGAAAUAGUUGAGAUCGGGCAGAUGGUGAAUGCAUCUUUGCAUUGGUAUGCAUGGACAAUUGAAUGGAGAGAAACUGGAGACUGAAACUAAAGGGUGAGAACGAAGGCAACAAAAAAAGAAAUAGAAAGAUUAAAGCAGUUAUACCGUAAUUAGAGGUUUCACAUGUUGGUUGAUAUAAGGUGGGUUUGCCUUACUAGAUUUCAUUUUAACUUGUGAUAAAGCUUUUAAGUUAUUUGUGUACUGAUUUUGUCACUGUAGAGGAUGAUGGAUCACAGAAAUGAAAUUUCAUGGCUUUACUUGAGCAUAAGAUAUAUGAUUAUAGGGCUUAAGAUUAAGAGGCCGGUGCCAGGUGGUGAAAUUUUUUACAUUGUAGAUUUUUUAAUAUUUUUUUAAUGUAAAUUUUCAAGAUUGAGAUUAUAUAACAGAUUCUACCGCUGUCUCC